AGUUCCCACCGGUCGCGCUGUAGCCGUCGGUAGCCGGUGACCGUGUGCCACACGCGUGCCACCGCGUGCCACCGGAGCCAGGGAGCUCGUUCUGCAUUCAGCGGCACGGCUCCCCAAUCGGCUCCCGGUGUCCCGGUGUGCACAGUGCGUGCACGCCCAUGGAGCCCCGCUGAAGCUCGAGCACGAGCUCGAUGCCCUUGAGACAUACUGUCUUAAGAGGAGAGGCCAAACCAAAGCCCAGGAAUGUGCCUCCGUUGGAUUGCCAAGGAGAUCGAUCCAACUCAAAGAGGGCAACUGCUGCAGUGUCAGCUGAGCGAGAUGCGCAGAGGAAAGUCCAUGACAAAGGCCGCGAGGAGGAGCCUGUCGACUGGGUGGAGCGAAAGACCGUUUCCGACGUCAGGAGCGGCAGCAAGGGAAUGUCACGCAGGAGCAAAGCUGUUCCGGCACAGGUAGCUGAUGGCAAUGAAGAUCAUUCGCAAAGCUAUCCUGAACGCAUCGGAAGCAAAGAGAGCACGGGGAGCAAUGGAAGGUUCAAGAAGCAAAUUUCAAGGCUAUCUUCGAAAACCGCCCUCAUGAGCGAGGAUCCAACGCAGCAAUUUGGUGGGACCUUGCGGGGCUAUCUGGAUUUUCUAUAUAGGGAGGCAGAGCAGCAGCUCAUGUGGGAGAAGCUGGAUGCCGCUACAAAUAGGCUCAGCACGAUCCAAGAAGCGCAGGACCUUGAACGCAGACCCGUUGUGUCACUUACAUCACGCAAUUCCAUCUCACAGAUGAAGUCAGCGAGGACAGCGGCCUUCGAGACCCUCGAGGAUGAGGAGGCUGCCAAAGAUCCUUCCCAUGUGAGAAGGCACUCGCAGACGAGUUUGGAUGGACGCGUUCGUCGCCAAAGUGCUGUCGUGAUUGAGAUGACCACGGAGGUGCCCAUCGGCGACGAGGAAGGAGAAGAGGCCAAUACUCAAGGGAAACCGAGAGAUGUCCAGAGCAAGGAACCAGACCAGCAUCCCCUCAAGGACCAGCUCACUGCAAAGAAGGUGAACAUAAACGAAGUCCGAGAAAUCCUGAAACACUUAGAAGAUCUUCCGAGAUGGCUGGAGGAGCCUUUGGUCUCUGGCAGCAUUCCGAAGCCUUUGAUUGUGGCAGUAGCAGACAACAACCCAGAUUUGGUAGGGCUCCUGAUCGAAUUUCGAGCAGACUUCUCAAAGCCCUACGAUGCUCCAAGCAGCUACAAAGGUUGGAUCAAACCUGGACAGUCACUGCUGUCCUGCGUCAGCAACCGGAAAGGCCGCUUCGUGGGAACGAUGCUGGCAGACCGGUUGACCAAAAUCGAGGAGAUGCUCACUGUCCAAGAUGCCGAGCAAGUCAUUGAUGAUUUAGAUGCAUUAGAGGUGGGAAGCUCAAAGUCAGCUUUUGGUGCCAUUGCAGCCACAUGGGGUACGGACGAGCUCAGCAAGCCCCGUCACACUCAAGGACAUCCCAAGGGCGUCUACGAAGUCCUAGAACAUCUUGAUGAUGGGGACACCAGCACCGUUUGGGGUGGGGUGCAUUUGCCAACCAAAGUGUCGGUCGCCAUCAAAAUCGAAGUGAAGUCGGCGGAGAUCGAAAUGUGGGAAGAAAUCGACAUUAUGAGAAGAUUGAGGCAUCCAAACAUUUGUCGCCUUUUUGAGACCUUCGAGAGCGAGACGCAGGUUUUCAUGGUGUUGGAACUCUGCCUUGGCCGACUCUACGACAGCCUUGCGAUAAAGGAGGAUGGCGGGUAUGCUGUGUGCAGAUCACCACGCUUCUUGCGUCAGCUGGUGCUUGCGGUGGCAUGUCUUCAUGAUCGCAAGAUUUGCCAUAGGGAUGUGCAGUUGGAGAACUUUUUGCUCAUGAAAGAAGACGCAUCUUUGGAGGAGGCAACUCCCAAGCUCAUUGACUUCACCACAGCCAAGGACUUUAGCGGGGGUCAGGUAUUGGUGACAAAGGUCUGCACACCCACAUAUGUGGCCAAAGAGAUCCUGAGCCGGAAGAUGGAACCCUAUACCGAGAAGGUGGACAUUUGGUCCCUCGGAGUGGUUUUCUUCAUCAUGUUCUGUGGGCAUCCGCCAUUCUGGGGGGAGACAGACUUUGAGAUUCUCACAAAGGUGAAGAAGGGCAUCUGGAGCUUUCAGCCUUCCACCGCCUGGAAAGGUGCGUCAAAGCAGGGCAUGGACCUGAUCCAAAAGAUGAUCGUGCCAGUGGCCGAGCGCUACUCUGCGCAAGAUGUGCUGCGGCACGAGUUCUUGUUGAGUUGAAUCUGCACGUUUGCGGUUCAUCCCAAAGGGAUGCCGGGAUACCACCGGAACAACGAACCGCAACACAUCGACAUCGACUUGUGCGAAAACAAAAUGCGAAC